CUAAGUUAUGCCAUUGAAUAGCACAGCCUCCUAGUAGUGGCCACGUUGCUGAGUAUUGAAGGGUGGAUCCCACAAGUUACAGCCUGUCAUUGCUGGAGCAUAAAUACAGCUUCUCUGGAGCACUGAUGACAGACAGUGAUAGCAGAGGACCAGUCUUGCCAGUUACAGGUUCCAAAAUGACCAGCAUGAAUUCCACAUCUACUUCUCGGAAGCCAUUUAUUGUUGUAAGAGAGUUUAUGACUGGCCGACACAAAGUUGCCUCUGGAUCUAUAGGAGUUUUCCUAGACAGGGAGCAGACCCGUGGUCGUAUUCUGGAUCUCCCAUCCCGUCCAGAAGUUUCAGUGAGGAGGAAUGCAUUACGAGUGCUUGGGAGAAGAGAAUCAGCCUUCUUGUAUGGGAUUGGAUCAACUCAAAAGCGUCUUAAUCUGAUGGCCAAUGAAAAGCUGUUUCUGGCAGUAUGUGGGUUACAGAUUAGUGAUGUUGUCAGAUUGCGAUACCAAGGCUAUGCUGCAGUGGGUGUGGUCAAUGCUAUCUGGGAGCUGACUGAAAAAUCAGGACUAUGUGAGCUUACAAAGUUACUUAUUGAGGUGGAACUCUUGGAUGGCGAAUGCUGCAAUAAUGUCACCCCAUUGUUAAAAGUAGAUGUUGGUGAAGUGCUGGCUGUGAGCUCUAGUGUAGAGCACCAUCCUCACUACAGGGAAUUGGGACCCAGGUUGGAUGAAGAAGACAUUCACAGUGUCCUUGAGGACAUAUUAAAAGACCACCCUCCUGUGCGUGAAUGUGAUGUUCUAGAGCAGAUGGUUGGAUUGAGAAAAGGCAUUCAGGGGCACUACAACUCCUGCUAUCUGGAUACCACCAUUUUCAGCCUGUUUGCCUUCUCCUCUGUUCUGGAUCACAUCUUGCGUUCUCCAGAUAUCUGUGAUGCCAAAGUACAACGUAUCCUGAGGCAAGACAUCGUGAACCCACUGAGACGGACUGGAUUUGUACAUGCUGCCAAUGUCAUGAAGCUCCGAAAACUGCUGCGAUGUGAUACAUUUGUUACAGAAGAAAAAGAUCCUGAAGAAUUCCUAAGUGCAUUACUACAUGAAGUGCUAGCAGUAGAGCCACUUUUAAAAAUCAGGUGUAAUAAUAAGAUUCAGGAAAGUAACAGCUAUCAAAUCAUUGUGGAGAGAGAGGGAACAGCAAAAGUUCCCAGUAUCCAGACACUGAUGGAAAGAUCAUUUCGAUCAUAUGAAGACCUCAAGUUUAACCAGGUUCCUUGCUGCCUUAUCCUUCAGAUGCCGAGAUUUGGAAAGAAGUUUAAGAUGUUUCCUUAUAUCUUUCCUUCCCUUGAACUGGACAUCUCUAAUAUGCUAUACACAAGAAGCCGUGUUUGUUGCCUCUGCCUGAGUCCUGCCGAUUAUGAAUGUGCUCAGUGCCUAGCAGACCCACUUACCACUGAUGGACACAUUCGCCAGUUCUGCCAACUUUGCGAGAAACAGGUUCAUUCAAACAAACAAAUGCAUGAUCACAGGCCUACUAGACUGGAAAUACAAAAUAGUGGUGCAGUCCCAAGACAAAAACUUGAGUUGCUGGCAGUUCUCUGCAUAAAAACCAGUCACUUUGUCUCAUUUGUUAAAUAUGGACCAGGCAAAAACUCCUGGGUGUUCUUUGACAGCAUGGCGGGAAAAAUAGGUAAUGAAAUUGGUACAAAUGUUCCUGUGGUUCGCACCUGCCCACAACUGGGAGACUAUCUGUCUAUGUCUGAGGAAGAAUUCAGUGCUGUGGACUUCACAAAGAUGGAUGCCCUGUCUAAGAGGUUUUUUUCAGACAUUUACAUGUGCAUCUACCAGUGCCCAGAUCGCAGCAUGCAAAGUGGCUGAUGUACAGACUCUGAUAACAAAAGACACUUCUUGGAAAAUUGUGUUCCUCAGUUGAUUUUGGUGAAUAUUGGAUCAAUGAAGAUGAAAAACACAAUAGCAUUUGUGACGGGAAAGAUCAUACCUAGCAGUGAAAGAAGCAUGCACGUAACCAACAUUGGAACAACUGUAGCGCAUCUGGGCGUCCUUUCAAUUUUAAUAUGUAAAAGGAUAACAUUUCCUGUUUUUCUUGAACAUGCAGUAAUUUCAAGAAAGCUAUUUUUUUUUUUAAUAUAUAUCGGGGAGGGGGGGGGGGGGGUUCUACACCACCAACAGUUGUUCCUGCUCCUCCUUUGCUGUGGUUUUCAAACUGUGUGCCGUGGCACCCUGGGGUGCCCUCGGUUGGUGGUCCAUAACCAAUUCAAAUUAUUUAUGGUCAUUGUGAUAGGCAAAACCAGUGCUGGUGGCUGUCAAUCAUAAAAUAUGUGGACAAACAGAAGCAAAUCUUGUCCCUCACCACAUAAUUCAACCCAAGGAUGACAUAUAAACACAAUUUACUUAAUUUAAUAUGUUUUUCUAAGUUUCUCAAUAAGAAACUUUUGGCCUAAGGGAGCCAUGAAAAAAAAUUGUUAUGCUCUAGGGUGCCGUGAUACAAAAAUGUUUGGGAACCACUGAGCUAUAUGAUCAUUCUCUGUUGCUAUAACAAGGUUCACACAGUUCAACAUUUUUAGAAGACCAUUAAACUAAAAUAUUAAGUUGGCUUAUAUAAUAGGGGCUCUGAUGAGGUUUCAAUCCUACAUGCAAAAGUUUCCUUAACAGAAGAACCAGACGAUAUUUGCAAUAAAGUGAUGGCAGGAGGGGGGAUAAUUCUAUACAGACUUCCAGACAUUAAUCCCAUUAAGGAAAUAUCCAGUUAGCCUAUUUUAGAUCCCUUGCAGACUGAUAAGAGAGAACGAACGAUGGCACUUAACAGCUACUAUGGUGUCCAGCCCCCCAAACCCUGUUCUGUCAAACUUGUAUAUGUGUAUAUUUGUGCAUGUUACUAGAAGCUUUCUUAUGUAAAUCAAUUUGUGUCUUUGAUGUGUGGACCUGUAAAUUAACAAUUUAUACCCAUAUACACAGCAA